AUGAAUUUUCUUAAUUGGGAUAAAUAUUAUGAACAAAAUGAUGAAAAAAAUGAACCUCAUUAUAGAGCAACAUUAGUUUAUUCUUAUCCCUCCGAAUUGGAUAAUGUUGAAUCUGAAAAAGUUAAAGAGAUGUUGCUCAUGCUGUGUCCUAUAUUAGGAUUAGGAGCAAAUAAUGCUAUUCAAGAUGAUAAACUUUCUCAAGCAUUACUUAAAUAUACUGAUGAUAAUAUUUCUUUUAUUAAAGAAUAUGAAAAAGAAAUGUUAAAACGAACAUCUGCUGAUGUACUAAAAUCUAGAAAUGUCACGUUAAGACUUCCACACCACUUGGACCUUUAA